AUGGUGUCGUAUCGCAACACCUUGACGAGAUCAGCAACAGCACUAUUGGCCCUCGCGGGCAUAUUCAAGCCCAACGGACUAGACUGCGCAGACUUCGACUUUGAAACAUUCCAAGAAUCGCAGGAGUACAAGAAUAAGAGGGGCAAAUACGAACAUGCCUUCAGGCAGGUCGCUCGAUUCGACUUGAUCUUUUUUCCUGCUCCGGAUGACGAGGAGGGGAGGCCGUGGGCUAAGCCUGUUAAGUAUGUCGCUGCGGCUUUGACGCUGGAUGAGAAUACGGACUCAAGCGAAGAGAUUGCGGAUGCGGUGCAACGGAUUAGAAUGUGCUAUGAGAAGAUGCUCGUCGACAAGGCCAAAAAAGAAGUCGAUAACGCUCCUGAGGUGAGCUAG